CCGUUGUCACAGAUGGAGAUAAAGCAAUGGCGAAUGCUGUUAGUAAGGUUUUUCCUGAUGCAACCCAUCGUUUGUGCUCAUGGCAUCUGUUUGGUAAUGCAAAGGACCAUGUGAAGGAUAAGAAGUUUCUUUUCUCGUUCAAGAAUUGCAUGUUUGCUGAUUGUGGGAUUGAGGAGUUUGAAGAGAGGUGGAGGUCAAUGAUCACCAAGUUUUCAGUUGAGGACAAUAGCUGGAUUGGAAACACUUAUGAGAAACGGCGAGAGUGGGCAACUGCAUACUUAAGAGAUAAGUUUUUUGCUAACGUCCGGACGACAUCUCGUUGUGAAGGGGUCAAUUCAUUCAUUAAGAAGUACGUUAGUUGUCAGCAUAAUCUCCUGGAGUUUGUGAAUGAUUUUGAUCGUGCAUUGCGGCAUUUCAGAGAGAAUGAGGUUAAAGCAGACUUCAAGUCCAACUAUGGAACUCCUGAGCUAAGAAACACAGGUUUGAGAUCUCUCGAAAUAAGUGGUGCUAGUGUUUACUCAAGGGAGGCAUUUUUUACAUUUCGGGAGCAGCUCGAAGCAUCUAAUGGAUGCAUUAUGACCAGAUCUUUUGAAAGAUCUUCUCACCGUGUCUAUGAGAUGACAAUGUAUGAAGACUCCGAGGUUGUCAUAGAAGUUACAUAUCAACCAACCACAUCAGAAAUGGAGUGCAGUUGUUACAAGUUUCGUAGUACCGGUAUGCUCUGCGCACACAUGAUUUCUGUAUUACGGGAGCAGCGAGUGAAAGAGUUGCCUUCGGAGUUGGUUUUGCCGAGGUGGAGAAAAGACCCAAAAGGUACUAUGGAAAAACUUCAAAGAAAUGACACUCCAUCAGAGGAAGAAGAACGCAUAUGGAGAUCUGGCAUUAUACAGUACCACAACUUACAAUUGACAUCCUUAGCUGCCGAAUCUCCAAGUAUGUUCAAAGUUGCUCGGGCAGAGAUUUCAGCAUUGUGUGCGAAAUUGAAGGGAAUGAGUACUCUUAGUAAAGGUGCUUCCUCAGAGCCUGCUGAAGAUGAUCACGGUGAUGCAUCUGAACGUUAUAAAGAUGUUAAAGAUCCGGUACAGACACGAUUUAAAGGUGGUCGGCUGACUAAGAACAAGAAGGGGAAGGUCGUCAAAUCGAGACAAUGUGGCCAUUGUGGUGGUUUUGGUCAUUAUGCCUCAACUUGUAAAAAUCCUCCAAAAAAUUCGACGAACAGUUCGAGUGAGCAAGUUAGAAACAAGAGCACAGCAAAGGUUGAGGAAGAGGACGAGCUUGAUAACGAGGUCGAGGAAGACGAGGACGACGAGGAAGAGGAAGAGGAGGAGGAGGAGGAUGACUCUCAAGAUGACGACGAGGAUGGGGACGAUGAUGAAGAGGAAGAGGAUGACGAUGACAACGACGAUUCUUGAAGCUCCGGGUGUUGGAACUAGUUCUGGAAUACCUCCUAUUGCCAGUGUGGAUAGACAGACAGGUAAUGCAAUCAAAUGGAACUAUCCCGUACGUGUGGCUCUAAAUUCUGGAACUGAAAGCAGAAGCAUCAAAGCAUAGAUAUGCCUACUUUGAAUUAUGUAAUAUGUACUCUAGCUCGCAAAUUCUUGAAAAUUUCGUAGUUAAUUAGCUGGUGGACAAACUUUGAUCAAUCGGAUCUAGCACUCAUAGUUAUUUAUUUGGUCAAGCUUUGAAAUUGAUUUGGGUAGUGUUAAAAUUAGCAGCUCGAUUAAGAAUUUCAUGUUAGAUAACUCAUUGAUCAUAUUCAUGAUA